GGCAGCGGCGUCCCCGAGCUCGAUCUGGAACUCGCGCUCGCACCGGCAGCCGCCAGCCCCGACGGCGAGGAGGGCCUCCCCGCCGAGCCUCUCGAGCUCGCGCGGCGGCUGGGGGCCUUUCCCCUUAUUGCGCGCGCGGCAGCGCGGGCCGCCGCGGUCGUCGAGGGCCGGGUUCAGGAGGGGCUGCCGGAGCCCGGCGCGGUGCUCAGAGACUUCGACGCCGCUGAUGCCUUUCCGCCCAUUCCAGAGGUCAAGGGCAGAGAGAUCAUGGGGGGCCCCGUCGGCGCGAGAAAGGGCUGGCUCGCCAAGGGCGCGGGCCCGCCGCGCCUGGUGGCGGGCGCCAUCCCGCCCGAACGCCUCCAGGCCGCGAUCGAGGGCGUCGCGCCGAUGCUGCCCCGCAGCGAAGAGUGGGGGAGCUGCGCCCCGCACUCGGGAGAGGUGCUUCUGUGGGGCAGCGAGGACAUGAUGCGCGAGUUCCGCGUCUACAGCUUGAGCAACGACUGGAUGUCCCCCAUGUUUCUGCCCGGGCCUUUGCGCGGCGCAAUUGUUGAUCUGCCUGGGGGCGGGGUGGCGCGCUUGGCCGCCGCCGUCGCCCCCGCGGGCUGGUUCGCGCCCGGGGAGAGCGACGCGCGCGCCGAGGGCAGCCUGGCCCCCGCGCGCAGCCACCUGGGCACCGCGCGCGACGACGGCGGGCCCGAGGUGCGUAUUGGCCGCGGCUCGCCGCGCCUGGUCCUGGCCGCCUCAUCUCGGCGGAACCCCGCGCCCGUUCGGGCGGCGGGCAGCCGUCGCUGGGCCGUCGUAGAGCUCGAGCGCUCCACUUCGUCAACUCACCCAGCCUGUUGGGUGACUUGGCGCACCUCGCUGGAUGUCGUCUCAUGUGCCACUGCCGGGAACGCCGGGGCCCGCCGCGAAGAUGCCGCCGUCGGCGAGUGGUGCGAGCGGCGGCCUGCCUCUCCUGCGUGGAAGGUCAGACCGUGGUGCGUCGCCAGCUUGGACAUGUUGGAGGCGACUGACUGGUGGCGCGCGGGGCGCCUUCAUGCCGACGGGGUCGGCGACGUGAUCUACGGCGCCCAGGGUCGCUGCGAGGGGUUCAGAGUGCUCCGCAGCGAGGACAAGUCGGUCAAGAGGGCCCGCCAGACCCAGCGGCCGCAGGUGAUUCAGAGGUGGAUGCGGACCUUGGUGGACCGCUGGGUGCGCUGCCCGUGGCCUGGUCGAGAGUCGAUGAUGUGCUUUUCGUCCCAAGCGCACUUUCUCGCCCGCUUCCGCGGCGUUGCUCCGCCGCCGCUAACUGUGCGCCAGGAGCUGAUGUCAGCGCUGGCCGCGAUGCCGAUGUUGAAGCGCGACCUGCGGGCGCUUUGCAGCAGGUUGGUGGCGAUGUCGGACGCCGGCGCGCAGCGUGGGAUCGCGCUCCGCGCGGCGCGACUUCGUCCUGUGGGGGCGGGCGCGGCCCGUGCCGCCAACGGCCGCCUGGGCGCCGAUCUCCACGACGUGGUCAUGUUGAUGUUCUUGCUCGACGGGAUGGGCUGCGCGCGGUGGGCGCUGGACCCCCUGGAACUGAUGCCCGCCCUCUUCGUGGCAUCGGAGACCGGUUCAAAGGCCGAGCGGGCGGCGAAGCACGCCUGUUCGGGCGACGUGGGGACUCGCAGCGCGAGCAGCUUCGGCAGCUUCGGCAAGGCAGAGGCCAUCGCCGCAGGCAAGCUCGCGCCGCGCGCCGAGUGGGCCGUCAUCUUCCGAGGUGGCCCCAGCGCCGACAUUUACAGGAUCGCUCUUGAACGGCAAGCUUUGUCUGGUCGCAUGCCUCGGCCACACUGCGAGAUCCUGCGAGUGCGAGGCGUCGCCUUGGUCGCGAUGGCCCAGGCGCACUGGGUCCUGGGCCUCGUCGAGAGCGUCGCGUCCGCGGACCGCGGGCCUCCUGAGAUC